AUGGCGACAACAGUUCAGAACGGUGUGAUAUCUGAGUUGUUAUUAGUGAACGGUGGACCUAACGUUCUUCAAAUGGGCCACAUCCCAAUGAAAGAAAACGACGCCAUCAAGUUGUUUGUCGGCCAAAUUCCCAGAAAUCUCGAAGAAAAGGAUUUAAGGCCUGUCUUCGAAGAAUAUGGACAAAUAUAUGAGUUGACAGUUCUUAAGGAUCGAUUCACGGGCAUGCAUAAAGGUUGUGCUUUUUUAACUUAUUGUUCUCGAGAAAGUGCUAUUAAAGCUCAACAGUCCUUACACGAACAAAAAACUUUACCGGGGGCUUCAUUAGCUUAUAUCACCACUAUGAACCGUCCAAUCCAAGUUAAACCAGCUGAUAGUGAGAGUCGGUCAGAUAUGAUGAAAGUCAAUUCUUAUGCAAUCAUCAAAGAUAGAAAUUAUGAUGAAAAUGAAAUUCAUUAG